AUGACGCAACGAGCCGCUCUCCUCAUCGGCGCGCUCACGCACACAAGAAAAGAGUGGGAGCAGAUAAGAAGCAUCGCCUCGAAGUUGUACGAGUACCCCUCCGGCACACGAGAAGAGUUCAUCUCCAAGUGCAAGUCCGGAGCAUUCGAUGGCAUAUAUGCGUUGUACCGCUCAAAUGAUUCAAAUAAGUACACUGGAAACUUUAACGACGAGCUUCUUGAUGUGCUUCCGAAGUCACUGAAGUUCAUAUGCCACAAUGGCGCGGGCUACGAUAACAUCGACGUUCCGGCAUGUACGAAGCGUGGUAUCUCUGUCAGCAGCACGCCAAUCGCUGUGGACGAUGCCACGGCAGAUGUGGCGAUAUUCCUGAUGUUAGGCGCGUUGCGGAACAUCACGCAUUCUUUCCAAGCUGUUAGACAAGGCAAAUGGCGCGGUAACUUCGCACUCGGCCACGACCCCAAGAACAAGGUGCUCGGAAUAUUGGGUAUGGGCGGAAUCGGUUCCGCUGUUGCACAUCGUGCAAAGGCCUUUGGUAUGAAGAUUCAAUACCAUAACCGGAAACAGCUGCCAGCGGAGAAAGAGGAAGGUUCGAAGUAUGUGACUUUCGACGAGCUGCUCGAAACGUCCGACGUGCUCAGUCUCAACUUGUCGCUCAACGCGUCUACGAGACACAUCAUCGGCAAAGACGAAUUUGACAAAAUGAAGGAUGGAAUCAUCAUCGUUAAUACCGCGCGCGGUCCGUUGAUUGACGAGGCUGCAUUGGUGGAUGCGUUGAAGAGCGGGAAGGUCUGGAGUGCAGGACUUGACGUCUUCGAAGAGGAGCCCAAGAUCCAUCCGGGUCUCCUUGAAGCUGAGAAUGUGGUGCUGUUGCCUCACAUGGGCACUGCGACGUAUGAAACGCAGCGUGAUAUGGAGCUCUUGGUUUUGGAUAACCUGAAAGCGGCCCUACAGAGUGACACGCUGUUAACACAAGUGCCGGAGCAGAAGCAAGAGUCGGCGAGGAUAUAG